CGAGAUCCGCGAAGAAAGAAUUACAAGAGAAAUCCACACUCACGACGUCUUCCACCGCAUACUCCCCGUGAUAGAAACCGAAAUCCUACCUCCAAAGCAUUACGUACCGAGCGCGGACGGAAAGGGUCUCAUCGAGAUUCCCGAACACAUGGUACCUGGACGAACCUCGAAUGGAAGCCCAAGCCGGAAUUGGGAAAUUGUCCAAACGAGAAUGGGAAUGGGGGAUCAUGGGUCUGCGCUCCAUAGAAAGGCUUCAACUACCCGCUCACGCAAUCGCUCCCAAUCUCUCACCUCAAGCAACUAUCAAGCUUCCCUUGCACAUUUCGAUGUCGAGGACAGUGCAGAUGGACCAAUCAUCGGGUAUACUCGCGGUGAGUCGGGAACAAAUCCCUCAAGAGUAAAUUCUCGCACAUCAACACACACGCCCAAGUUCUCAACGACGAAGAAUACCCUCGAGCCCACUCUUUCCAGCAAGAAAGAAUACAUCACCAAAGAAGGGCAUCCCAAAACCGAGUACGUCUGGCGCCACCCGCCUAUGUUCGAAACGGCAACCGGCCAAACGCAACCUAUUUAUAUCGUCGCCGGGCUUGGAGAUCUCAGUUCACCCAGGCCAAAAACAGCCCCCGAGAAAUCGUAUCACAGCGAGGAAGACGAUAACGAAGGCGCUGAUUUUGGAGCCAUGCGGACACCGGUCAAUGGCGAAGAAGGGCUGCUGUUCCGAGACAGCGGGUACGGUGGUGGGGGGAUGCUGCCGGGCCUGAUAGAGAAGACUCCUCUGGCGGGCAUACCAGGUGAGCCGAGAUUUAUUUCCGAUGACAUUGAAGUCAUUAGACUUGGGAAGGUGGUUGGUGAAGACGGGUUUGGAAAGGGGAAAGGAGGGGAAAUCUUGGAGGGCGAAGCGACGAGGGCAUUGAAAAAGAUUAGGGAGAAGAGGACGAGUAGUGGGGCGCCCAGUGUUGCCAGUACUGUGAGGCCGAACAGGGACUCUGUUGAAACCGUGGAGAAGGGGAUGGAGGGGUUGAGCAUGAAGAAUUGAGUUGAGCAUGAAGGAUUGAGUUGAGCCUGUUGACUAAUGAUUAUAUUCUUGGCUCUAUAUUUUGGUAUUAGCUGAGGCGUGUGUUAGACUGUCAAUAAUAUGCAUUGUGUUUUCGCCUUCCCGUUUCCUAUUACUGAGCAAAAAUUUGGACA